UGGGCGGGGCCUGGCGGGGCGGGGCCGGGCACCUGCGGCGCGGCGGCGGGCGCAGCAUGGGCCGCCUGCUGCGGGCCCUGCGCGGCUCCCAGCCCGUGGCGCGCUUCCAGCGCUGCUGCGGGCUCUUCCCCGCCGGCGAUGCGGGCGCAGGAGGAGGAGGAGGAGGAGGAGGAGGUGGUGGAGGAGACCCCGCCGGGGAGUCCCCGCUCCUCGCCGCCUGCAACGGGGCCGCCGCGGGACCGCCGCGCCGCCGGGGGGGCAGCGCCGGCUGCCGGCCGCACAACGGGGUGCGGGGCGCCAGGGGCUGUCCACAGAAAUAUGUUGUGAAGAACUACUUCUACUACUACUUAUUCAAGUUUUCAGCUGCUCUGGGUGAAGAGAUCUUUUAUAUCACUUUCCUUCCAUUUACCUACUGGAACAUCGAUCACUCUGUGUCCAGAAGGAUGAUAAUCAUCUGGUCUAUCGUGAUGUACAUAGGGCAGGUCUCCAAGGACAUCCUGAAGUGGCCUCGUCCCCUCUCGCCACCUGUCGUGAAGCUGGAGGUGCGGACGGAUGCGGAGUACGGGAUGCCUUCCACCCACGCCAUGGCAGCUACUGCCAUCUCCUUCUCCUUUCUCAUUGCAACCAUGAACCAGUACAAGUACCCCUUCGAGCUCGGCCUGAUGGCGGCGUUCGUCUUCUCCACGCUGGUGUGCCUCAGCAGGCUGUACACGGGGAUGCACACCGUGCUGGACGUGAUCGGUGGGGCGCUGAUCUCGGCUGUGCUGCUGGUGCUCCUGUACCCUGCGUGGGACAGCAUAGACCACCUGCUGCUCACCAGCCCCUUCUGCCCGCUGCUGUCCAUAGCCGUGCCUCUCCUCCUGUGUUACAACUACCCCAAACUGGACUAUUACAGCCCCACCAGGGCGGACACCACUACUAUUCUAGGAGCCGGAGCUGGAGCUACUGUGGGGUUUUGGUUAAAUCACCAGUACGCAGCACCAGCCUACAGCGGCGAAAAUUUGGGGUUUCCUCUCAUUACCGGUAUGACGGUGGUGCUCGUGCUGGCCAGGUUCUUCACAGGGCUCUUUGUUAUCCUGCUGACACGUCAGCUGAUGAAGAGCGUGGUCCUCGGCACGCUGUGUUACUGCUACAAGUUCCCCAUCAGUGACCUGGAAGCCCGGAGGAGGCUGGAGGUCGAAGUGCCCUAUAAAUUCGUGACCUACUCCUCAGUGGGCUUCACUGCCACCGUCAUCGUGCCACUGUUGCAUGGGCUGUUAGGAUUGAUUUGAGCACAUUUCCCUCCUUGACAAGUAAAUCGUAGCAUCACCGUUUCAGGGAGAAGUUGUUCAAGGCGGGUAACUUGAUCAAAAAGCAUUCGUGCCUUUCUGCGCUGGCCCCAAAUGCCCCUUUCUGAAGACUGAGGGGAAUCUCCGACCACAAAUAACUGCGAUAGCGAUCCCUGGUGUCACCACCCCUGUGACAGAGCCCCGUGUUCCAGAUGAGGUAUGUGACGAGCACCGACGGGGGGUGUGCUUGUUGCUCUUCACACCGGCUUCUGAUAGCCAAGCCAUUCCUGCAGGCCUGGUUUUGCCCACUGCAAUCCCAUUUUAUUAAAAAAAAAAAAAA